CCCCUUCUCAUUUUCUUACACUCUUGACAACACGUUUUAAAGAAGAAAAAAAAAAAAAAAAUAGUAUUACAAUUUCAAUUCUCUAUGGAAGAUUACUCUUCUUCAUCUUCCUCUGCUUCGUACCUUUCCCAUAACAUACAAGAAACUAAGGUUGCGAAACGAACACUUCCUUACUAUUCGUCACUCCACUCUGUCCGUAAAGCUCCCGUGAAGCCAUGGAAGAAGCCGAUUGCUCCUCUGCCUCCGACACCGCCUAGGGUUUACAAGGUUGACCCGAUGAACUUCCGCGAACUUGUUCAGAAGCUCACCUCCGCACCUGAGUAUGUCCAGGGUCGGCGCCUGCAAAGCGUGGCUCCGCCACCGCUUGAUGUUGCUGUGGCACAGCCAGCUUUGGUUCGUGAUCAGAAGACCGAUGCAACGGUGGUGGUUCGUCCUUUGCCUGCGAAACCUUCAUUGUCUGCAAUGUAUAUGGAGUUUUCUGAUGCACUGGAAAUGAAAUCUCAGAAGGGAUCUGAUGCUUUCCUUGGGUUAAAUCUGUCACCUUCUUCGUAUAGUUGGUGUUCUGUCCCUCUUCUGAGCCCUGGAACUCUCUCUAGUCUUGAACAGAGCACGGUUCUUUAGGGCUCCCUUUCUUUUUCCUUUUUCCUUUUUCUUUAUAUAUAUAUAUAUAUAUAUAUAUAUAAUCAUUUAGGCUGUCUAUCCAGUAUAUUUACAUGUAUACCGAUCACCAGCAUAUUCUUAGAACUGUUGGGUUUGAUUUAGUUCGUCCCUAUUUUUCCUUCCAAUUUUUUUUUUUUUUCCCUUUUUUCUUGUUCAUCAGAAUGUAGCAGCCGACAAUGAAGAUAGCAAUAACAUGUAAUGUGCUGUAUGCGAGUUAGACCAAUAAUAAUAAAAGAGUUAUGAAAGAACAUUAUCAACUUUUGGAUAGAUGCCGAUCCAUUUGAUGUAUUAUAUGUAUUAUUUACUAAAUAUAAAUAAGAUCCGGCAUUUACAU